GGGGGGGUCCCGCCGGUUCCAGAAAGCUCCGGGGCCGAAGCGGGGCGGACCCGCGGCUCGGCGGCCGGAUAAAUAGGAGCGGGCGGGGACCGGCGGCGGUGCAGCUGAUCGGGGUGCAGGGAGCUGCCUCCAGGACGGGCCAUGGCGCUGCUGCUGCUCCCACUGCUCAGCCUCCUGCUCCCCUGGGGAUGGGGGCAGGCGCUUGUCCCCCCCAGCGAGCUCAAGCAGAUGUCAGCAGCUGGCAGCAAAUACAUUGACACAGAGGUGGAAAACGCCAUCAAUGGGGUGAAGCAGAUGAAGACUCUCAUGGACAAGACAAGUAAGGACCACCAAGCCAUCCUGCACACCUUGGAGGAGACCAAGAGGAAGAAGGAGGAGGCGGUGCAGCUGGCCAGGGAGAAGGAGCAGCAGCUGGCGGCGAAGCAGGAGGUGUGCAACGAGACGAUGCUGGCGCUGUGGGAAGAGUGCAAGCCCUGCCUCAAGCACACCUGCAUGCGCUUCUACUCCCGCACGUGCCACAGUGGAUCGGGGCUGGUGGGGCGGCAGCUGGAGGAAUUCCUCAACCAUUCCUCACCCUUCUCCAUCUGGGUGAACGGCGAGCGCAUCGACUCGCUGCUGGAGCGGGACCAGCAGCAGGAGCGGCAGUUUGAGGACUUGGAAGAACGGUUUGGGUUGCUGGAGGAUGGCGUGGAUGACAUCUUCCAGGACAGCACCCAGGUCUACGGCCGCAUGUAUCCCUUCUUCCGAGCACCCUUUGGUGGCUUCCGUGAGGCUUUCCGCCCCCCGGUCCAGCACGUCCGCUUCCCCCUGCGCAGCGAGAGGCUUUCCCGGGAGCUGCAUCCCUUCUUCCAGCAUCCCCACCACGGCUUCCACCGCCUCUUCCAGCCGCUCUUCGAGAUGACGCAGCGGAUGCUGGAGGAAGCACAGGGCGGCUGGGAGCACUCGCUGGGUGGCUUUGCCCCAGAGUCCCGUAACUCCAGCGAUGAUCGCAUGGUGUGCCGGGAGAUCCGUCGGAACUCGGCCGGCUGCCUGCGGAUGCGGGAUGAGUGCGAGAAGUGCCGGGAGAUCCUCUCCGUGGACUGCUGGCAGACGGACCCUGCGCAGAGCCAGCUGCGGGAGCAGCUGGAGGACGCGCUGCGCCUGGCCGAGCGCUUCACCCGCCGCUACGAUGAGCUGAUGCGUGCCUUCCAAGCCGAGAUGCUCAACACCACCAGCCUCCUGGACCAGCUCAACCGCCAGUUCGGCUGGGUCUCGCGCCUCGCCAACCUCACCCAGGGCAGCGACGGCUUCCUCCAGGUCACCACGGUCCUCUCCAAGGCUCCCAACCUCGAGGACCCCUCAGCUCCCCCUGACACGCAGGUGACGGUGCAGCUCUUCGAUUCGGAGCCGCUGUCCCUCACUGUGCCUGGGGACAUCUCCUGGGACGACCCUCGCUUCAUGGAGACGGUGGCUGAGCAGGCGCUUCAGCACUACAAGCAAAAUGCCAUAGAGUAGCUGGGUGAUGCUCAUCACUGCUGCCAAGCUCCGGUGCCUCACCAAGCCCCCUUGUCCCUAUGCCAGGGGGCCAAAUGCCACCACCACUGCCCUCCCCCUGCUGCUGCGGGCCCUUCUGCAGAGCCCAAAGAGAAAAUAAAGGUAGAGUUGACACCCUGCCUGUGCUGCAUCUUUGGAACGCACUUUGCCAAGCAAAUACACUUUCCAGAA